AUGGACACAACGACCGAGCCCAGCAAUGCUGUCGCCGAACUCGACAAUACCAAAGCGCACACGGAGGGAGACGAACAAGCUCUCCAACCGGUGAAAAAGACUAAAAAGAUCAUCCGGCGCCGCAAGAAGCCCGCUCGCGUGCAAGUCGAUCCCUCGACUGUUAAGAGCGAACCUCCGGCUCAAACAGGCGAGCUCUGGAACAUUUGGUACAGCAAAUGGAGUGGAGGUGACUCACAUGAUAAACAUGGGCUGGAUCAACCUGCGCCAUCCCGAUGCAACGUCGCGGCGGAUUCGGGAUACACCAAGGCCGAUCAAAUUCCCGGAUCAUACUUUUGCCUAUACUUUAGUAAGGGUCAGUGUUGGAAGGGUCCGGCUUGCGAGUAUUUACAUCGCAUUCCGACGAUUCAUGACCUUUUCAAUCCCAGUGUGGAUGCGUUUGGUCGUGACAAGCACCAGGAUUAUCGAGACGAUAUGAGCGGUGUUGGCGCGUUUACCCGAGCUGAUGGUAGACUUGGCGAUGGCUCGGUCACUAACUCUAUCUCUACUCCAGUUAAUCGUACUCUUUACGUCGGACGCAUUCACGUUACAGACGACAUUGAAGAAGUAGUCGCUCGCCACUUUGCGGAAUGGGGGCAAAUUGAGCGAAUUCGCGUUCUAACGGGAAAGGGUGUGGCUUUCGUUACGUAUUCGAACGAAGCUAAUGCGCAGUUCGCCAUGCAAGCAAUGUCACAUCAAAGCCUAGACCAUGACGAAAUCUUGAACGUAAGAUGGGCAACUGUCGACCCGAACCCCCUAUCUCAAAAGCGUGAGGCACGAAGAUUGGAAGAGCAAGCUGCGGAAGCAGUCCGGAGAGCUCUCCCCGCCGCGUUCGUGGCGGAGAUCGAAGGACGCGAUCCCGAAGCUAAGAAGAGAAAGAAGAUCGAGGGCACAUUUGGACUACAAGGUUACGAUGUACCGGAUGACGUUUGGCAUGCACGCACGCGGCAGCUCGAGGAUGCACCAGCAACUGGACAGCUUGAGGCACCUGAGCAGCCAUUUAUGCUCGAGGAGGGAGCAGCGGGCGGCCAAGCCCAGCCAGAGGCAGAGCCGGACGCACAGGGCGGUAUUUUCUCGAGUGCUACGUUGGCGGCUCUUCGGGGUAUGUCUGGAAGUAAUGUGACGACGCAGGCUGCACCGAAGAGCUCUGGUGGGCCGCUGGUAGCUUAUGGAAGUGAUGACGAGAGUGACUAG